GAUUUGAAUUUGUCGAAAUGAGUAAUCGUAAAUCAAAGAGUAACAACUUAAUACACACAGAGUGCCUUUCACAGGUACAAAGAAUUUUACGGGAAAGAUUUUGUCAUCAGAGUCCAAAUAGUAACCUAUUUGGAGUACAAGUACAAUACAAACACUUAAUUGAGCUGCUAAAAAGAACAGCUAUCCAUGGAGAAAGUAACUCUGUACUCAUUAUUGGACCCCGAGGAUCAGGAAAGACUUUGUUAAUAAAUCAUGCAUUAAAAGAACUCAUGGACAUAGAAGAAGUGAGAGAAAAUGUAUUACAAGUUCACCUAAAUGGACUGCUACAGAUCAAUGAUAAAAUUGCUCUCAAGGAAAUCACAAGGCAAUUAAGUUUGGAAAAUGUAGUUGGAGAUAAAGUUUUUGGAAGCUUUGCUGAAAACCUUUCAUUUCUUCUGGAUGCUUUACAAAAAGGUGACCGGACUAGCAGUUGCCCAGUGAUCUUCAUAUUAGAUGAGUUUGAUCUGUUUGCUCAUCAUAAAAACCAAACACUCCUCUAUAAUCUUUUUGAUAUUUCUCAGUCUGCACAGACUCCAGUAGCAGUUAUUGGUCUUACAUGUAGAUUGGAUAUUUUGGAACUCUUGGAAAAAAGAGUGAAGUCAAGAUUUUCUCAUCGGCAAAUACACUUAAUAAAUUCAUUUGGUUUUCCGCAGUAUGUUAAAAUAUUUAAAGAACAAUUAUCUCUACCUGCAGAAUUUCCAGAUAAACUUUUUGCUGAGAAGUGGAAUGAGAAUGUUCAGUGUCUCUCAGAAGAUGGAAGUGUACGAGAAGUUCUACAGAGACAUUUCAAUGUCAGCAAAAACCUGAGGUCAUUACACAUGCUCUUG